CCCGUCGCCGGCCCGGCCUCGCCCGCGCGCUCCCGCCAUGGCCGCCGAACCGCCCUCGGCCUCGGCCUCGCCGUCGCCCUCCUCGCCGCCGCCGCCGCCGUGUCCCCCCGCCGAGCUCUACUUCCUCAUCGCGCGCUACCUCUCGGCCGGCCCGUGCCGCAGGGCCGCGCAGGUGCUGGUGCAGGAGCUGGAGCAGCACCAGCUGCUGCCCAAGAGGCUGGACUGGCAAGGCGGGGAGCACAGCAGGACCUACGCGGAGCUGGUCCUGUCCAACAAGCAUGUGGCUCCUGACCAUCUGCUACGAAUUUGCCAGCGCAUCGGUCCCAUGUUGGACAAGGAGAUUCCACCCAGUAUUUCCAGAGUCAAUUCCUUGCUAGGCGCAGGAAGGCAGUCUCUGCUCCGUACAGCAAAAGACUGCAGGCACACAGUGUGGAAAGGCUCUGCCUUUGCUGCUCUUCACAGAGGAAGACCUCCGGAAAUGCCAGUGAAUUAUGGCUCUCCGCCCAGCCUCGUGGAGAUCCACCGGGGGAAACAACUCACAGGAUGCUCCACAUUCAGCACAGCCUUUCCAGGAACUAUGUAUCAGCACAUAAAAAUGCACAGGAGGAUUCUCGGUCAUUUGUCGGCUGUUUACUGUGUAGCGUUUGAUAGGACGGGACAUAGGAUAUUCACGGGUUCGGAUGACUGUUUGGUGAAGAUCUGGUCAACGCACAACGGCCGCCUCUUCUCCACCUUGAGGGGCCAUUCUGCUGAGAUUUCUGAUAUGGCUGUCAAUUAUGAGAACACACUGAUCGCCGCAGGCAGCUGUGACAAGAUCAUCCGUGUGUGGUGCUUGAGGACGUGUGCGCCUGUGGCUGUGCUCCAGGGUCACACUGGCUCUAUCACGUCCCUGCAGUUCAGCCCGAUGGCCAAAGGCCCCCAGAGAUACAUGGUCUCCACUGGUGCUGAUGGGACAGUCUGUUUCUGGCAGUGGGAUUUAGAGUCCCUCAAAUUUAGCCCACGCCCCCUGAAGUUCACCGAGAAACCUCGCCCUGGCGUCCAGAUGCUUUGUUCUUCCUUUAGCGUGGGUGGCAUGUUUCUAGCUACAGGUAGUACAGAUCAUGUAAUCAGGAUGUAUUUUUUGGGUUUUGAAGCACCUGAAAAAGUCGCAGAACUUGAAAGCCACACUGAUAAAGUGGACAGUAUCCAAUUUUGUAACCGUGGGGAUCGGUUCUUAAGUGGUAGCCGAGACGGCACAGCACGGAUUUGGAGGUUUGAGCAGUUAGAAUGGAGAAGUAUUUUGCUGGACAUGGCUACCAAAAUCUCAGGGGAUUUGUCGUCCGAGGAGGAGAAGUUCAUGAAACCCAAAGUGACAAUGAUCGCUUGGAAUCAGAACGACAGCAUUGUCGUUACCGCUGUGAAUGAUCAUGUCCUCAAAGUGUGGGAUUCCUACACUGGACAGCUGCUUCAUAACUUACUGGGACAUGCUGAUGAAGUGUUUGUUUUGGAGACCCAUCCCUUUGAUUCCAGAAUUAUGUUAUCUGCAGGACACGAUGGCAGCAUAUUUAUAUGGGAUAUUACAAAAGGCACCAAGCUGAAACAUUAUUUUAACUUGAUUGAAGGACAGGGCCAUGGAGCCGUGUUCGACUGUAAGUUCUCACAGGACGGACAGCAUUUUGCCUGUACAGAUUCUCACGGGCAUCUUCUGAUCUUUGGUUUCGGAUGCAGCAAGCCCUAUGAAAAGAUUCCUGAUCAGAUGUUCUUCCACACUGACUAUCGGCCGCUGAUCAGAGACUCAAACAACUACGUCUUAGACGAGCAAACACAGCAAGCGCCGCACCUCAUGCCACCACCAUUCCUAGUGGAUGUGGAUGGGAACCCUCAUCCUACCAAGUAUCAGAGACUGGUACCGGGCCGUGAGAAUUCUGCCGAUGAGCAUUUGGUGCCACAGCUUGGCUAUGUGGCCACCAGUGAUGGAGAGGUCAUCGAGCAAAUUAUAAGCCUCCAAACCAACGACGCUGCUGGUGACCGCAGCCCUGAGUCCAGUAUUCUUGAUGGAAUGAUUCGGCAGCUACAGCAGGAGCAGGACCAGCGCUUGGGAGCAGGCCAGGACGCAGUGCCCAGUGGGCUCCCAAGCGGGGAAGAGACUCCCCGGAGAGGUUUCCGAAGACUCAGCUUGGACAUCCAGUCCCCUCCGAAUAUUGGCCUGCGCCGCAGUGGGCAAGUGGAGGGAGUCCGCCAGAUGCACCAAAACGCACCGCGGAGCCAGAUGGCCACAGAGCGGGACCUGCAGGCAUGGAAGCGGAGAGUGGUUGUACCAGAGGUACCACUAGGCAUAUUUAGGAAGUUAGAAGACUUCAGAUUGGAGAAAGGUGAGGAGGAAAGAAAUCUUUAUAUCAUCGGGAGAAAACGGAAGACUUUCCAGCUUUCACAAAAGUCUGACUCAUUGGUGUUGAUGUCACCAUCUCGGCCGAGGUCAUGCCGACGUAAGUUACCUUAUGGGAGAAGAAAUCUUGGGCGACUGGAGUUGUCUUCUGGAAAUGAAUCUUCAAGCUCUGGAAGACACGAGACAUCCUGUGAUCAGAGUGAAGGGUCUUGUUCCUCUGAAGAAGAAGAGUGGAAAAGUGACCGAAGGAGCGGGAGUGACAGCGAAAGUUCCAGCGAUUCUUCGUCCAGAUACUCAGAUUGGACGGCUGAUGCAGGCAUCAAUUUGCAGCCCCCUCUACGAACUUCAGCACGUCGUCGCGUCACUCGGUUUUGCAGUAGCUCGGAAGAUGAAAUGUCUGCUGAGAACUUAUCUCCGCCAAGACGACGGCGAAAGAGAAAGAAAGAAAACAAACCUAAAAAAGAGAACUUGAGGAGAAUGUCUCCUGCAGACUUGGCAAACAUGGAGCGUCUGUAUGAAUUUCACCCUCCCAUCUGGAUAACAGAUACCACACUUCGCAAGUCUCCUUUUGUGCCUCAGAUGGGUGACGAGGUAAUAUAUUUUCGACAGGGUCAUCAAGCUUAUAUUGAAGCAGUUCGUAAAAGUAAGAUCUAUGAACUAAACCCGAACAAGGAACCUUGGAGAAGGAUGGAUCUUAGGGAUCAAGAACUGGUGAAAAUAGUUGGGAUUCGGUAUGAGAUUGGUCCCCCUACACUCUGUUGUCUCAAACUUGCGUUCAUAGACCCUGCCACUGGGAAGCUUGCUGACAAAUCUUUCUCUAUUAGGUACCAUGACAUGCCUGAUGUCAUUGACUUUCUUGUGUUGCGACAGUUUUACGAGGAAGCAAGACAGAGGAACUGGCAAUCUCAUGACCGGUUUCGCUCCAUCAUCGAUGAUGCCUGGUGGUUUGGGACGGUGCUGAGCCAGGAGCCCUUUCAGCCAGAGUACCCUGACAGCCACUUCCAGUGUUACGUCGUGAGAUGGGACAAUACUGAAACAGAAAGACUUAGCCCCUGGGACAUGGAACCAGUUCCUGAAAAUGCCGAUGCCCCUAAAGAGUUAGGAGCUAGUAUUUCUGUCACUUCGGAUGAGCUAGAGAAACUCCUGUACAAGCCGCAAGCUGGUGAAUGGGGCCUCAAGUCGAGGGAUGAGGAAUGUGAGCGGAUCAUUGGCGGCAUAGACCAGCUUUUGAACCUGGACAUGGCGGCUGCGUUUGCAGGCCCCGUGGACCUCAGCACGUACCCAAAGUACUGCACCGUGGUGGCCUACCCGACUGACCUCUACACCAUCCGCAUGCGUCUCGUCAACCGCUUCUACAGGAGAUUAUCUGCCUUAGUCUGGGAAGUCAGAUACAUAGAACAUAAUGCCAGAACAUUCAAUGAACCGGGGAGUGUGAUUGCAAGAUCAGCUAAGAAGAUAACUGAUCAGCUUUUAAAAUUCAUCAGGAAUCAGGACUGCACAAAUAUCUCAGAGCUUUCUACCACAUCUGAAAAUGAUGAGCAGAAUGCUGAGGAUUUGGAUGAUAGUGAUCUUCCUAAAACAUCUUCUGGAAGGAGAAGAGCCCGGGACUGGAACAGAAGGAACAUGAAAGCAUCCGACUAUAUUGAAAACAACUGGAAGAGACAGUGUAAGGAACUCGUGAACUUGAUCUUUCAGUGUGAAGAUUCGGAACCAUUCAGGCAGCCUGUUGAUUUGGUGGAAUAUCCGGACUAUCGGGAUAUCAUAGACACUCCAAUGGACUUUGGAACCGUGAGGGAAACUUUAGAAGCAGAAAAUUAUGACAGCCCCUUGGAGUUUUGCAAAGAUAUCCGGCUGAUAUUUAGUAACGCGAAAGCUUACACACCAAACAAAAGAUCAAAGAUUUACAGUAUGACCUUGAGAUUGUCUGCCUUAUUUGAAGAAAAAAUGAAAAAGAUCUCUUCUGAUUUUAAAAUUGGCCAAAAAUAUAGUGAAAAACUCAGAAGAAGCCAGAGGUUCAAGCGACGCCAGAACAGUGAUCGCGUCUAUCAAGCUAACCAAAGUACCAGAAACAGCAAGCAGAAGCGGUUCAAAUCUCAGAGGAAAGUCCUUCCUGAGCGGGCCACUUCCCCCGCACAGGGCACCUCCAGUCGGGCAGCUCAGUCUGCUAGCCGCAGGGCGAGUGUCUCUUCAGUGGUCACCUCGGACUCCGAUUCCACUGGGUCGUCCGAUAGGCUGCAGAAAAGUCGACCUUCCCUGCUGACAAAUGAGUCUGCAUCGUCAGCCUCCGACACGUCAGAGGACAGCAGGGCCGGCUCCAGAGCUGGGGAGCCCUCGAGAAGCGGCCACCUGCGCGUGACCAGGACCCGUGCUGCCCAGAGGAACUUGGGGAGAAGGCCCAGGGGCCAAGUCUGUUUGGAGAACGGCUGUGGCCGGAAGGCUACUCGAAAGCGAGUGUACGUGAGCGACUCUGACCACACGACGCCAGAGGCUGCUGAGCGUCCACCGGGCCGGGCUGGGGGCAACCGUAAAGUGCCACGCAGGUGUGCGGCUGUGGCGGCCAACAAGAUCAAGCUCAUGAGCGAUGCUGAGGGCAACUCCAGCUCUGAGAGCGCCUGCUCUGGGCGCAGGCUGCCCCACCGCACGGCCUCGGCCGUGGCCAGGAAACGGUUACUGCACAACUCCGAGGACGAGCAGAGCCUCAAAUCAGAAGUGGAGGAGGAGGAGCAGCGGCAGCAGCGCCAAGCUGAGCAGACUGCCAUCUCAUGCAUGGCCAACGGGCUGGACAGCGGGGACUCGGAAUCAGAGAGCAACUUGCAGGUGGCCAGGAAGAACUGGCAUGCCAUUGGCUCCAAACCCCAUCUCCCGGCCCCUGCCAAGACCAAGUUCCUAAAAAUUGAGUCUUCUGAAGACGAUAGGAAGAGUCCUGAGUUGGAGCCGCCCAGCAGCCCGUGGCUUAGAGGCACCAGCCCCUCGACGUCUGGGCAGACCUUCAAGCCCCAGAGUGCGUCUGAGGCUGAGGCCAAGCCCAGCACUGGCCCCAGAGAGGGUGCAGAUCAGAAGCUUGGAGCCAGCCGGAGGAAUGCCACUUUCCUGAAGAAAGCCAAGAUUUUCAGUGACUCUGAGGACUCGGAAUCCGAAAACCAAGAUCCCGGAGAUGACCCAGAACGGAGUCCUGCUGCUGGGUCGCUGCCAGUUGAGCCCAGGCCCGGCUCCCAGCACUGCUCAGGACACGGCUCUGAGGCUGGGUCAGAGUCAGGCAGUGACCAGCCCAAGGGAAACACCAGCAGUUCUGUGAAAGAUCCUGUGCCACAAGACCUCGGUCCACGCCGGCGGGUCCCCAGGAAACGGGUCUGCUCCAGUGACUCUGACAGCACCUCCAGGGAGGUGAAGAAACCGUCCCAGGCCAGGAGUGGUCUCCGGCGGAUUCCCCGAAGGUGCGCAAGUAUGGCUGCCCGCCAGAGUUGGCUGCGGAGCAGCACCGUGACUGUGUGCACCCGCAGCAGGGACAGCAGAAAACAGGCCCCGUCCACACCUCCCCCAGCCCCGCAGGCCUCCAGUGACUCGGAGGGAGGGCAUCGCUGCACUGCACCACCUGACAGGGAUGAUGCCAUGGGCAGGAGGCUGAGCACUGGCCAGUCUGCAGGUGCUGACUCUGAAUCUGAAGGCGCCUGUGAUUCCCAGCCCAGGGGCCAGCCUGAGACUCCCAAGGCCCCUUCUCCCAUCAAGAAUUCCUUCUCCGGAUCUUGCGGGGAAGCUGCCAAAAGCCAUAGGCCCGAGGGUGAGUCGAGCCAGAGAUUGGCACAGGCGCGGAAGGUGCUAGCUGAGAGCAGCUUCGAGGAAGAGCUGAGUUACGGCCUGCGCAGGUGGAAUGGCCGGCGGUUGCGGACCUACGGGAAGGCGCCUUUCAGUACGGCGCCAGACGGGGCCCAGGAGCCCCUGGAGGCUGGGAGGAAGAGGCUGCACCCUGAGGCUGAGGGCCAGAGUCCCUCGGGAGCCACUGAGGCCUCAAAGUGUGGGCCGGAGUCCCAGCGGGCUCCAGCCGAGUCCGACCUGGGCUCUGCCACCGAGUCAGAGGCUGAGUGCCCCGUGGAUGCAAAAACCAAGACGCUGAGACCAAAAGGCAAAGCCAGAGGAGCCCGGAGAGGUCAGCCGUGGGCAGCAAACGCAGCCAACAAGGUGAGGCCCGGGAGGCCGCAACGUCGGACCAAGCGGCCCCGUCUCCACGUAGAAGACAACGACUGGGAGGACUUGGACUCGGCGCAGUCGAAGCAGGUGCUUCGGCGGUCCAAAAUCAGAACUCGCAACCAGGGUCGCAGGACUGUGCGGUACCACGACGGCGACGACGAGAGGAUCUUCGAGAAUGUGAUGGAUUCUGACGAUUGCACCUUAUGACCUGAGUGAGGGCAGCCAGCCCACCAAGCACGGGACGGGCUGGCCUUCGUGGGGAAGGCUGGCUGUGGAGGUUAUUUUUUUGUCCUACAAUUCAGGGAAUAUAUUUAUAUUUUUCUAUGAAAAGUUCUGAAUGUGACUCAAAUCAUGACUGUUAUUUUUAUUUGCACUUGCUUGCCUUCGUAGCAGCAUUCAGCACAGGUGCCAAAACAUGCUUCGUUUUGGGGGGGGGGUGCAGAGGUCGCAGUGGACAGUAUUGAAGGGCCAUCCUGCAGAGCUGAGAGCGAGUCACCUGACCAGCGUCGGCAGUUGUUUCUGGAAUUGGCAGGUGGGGCGGGCGCUGCUCUCUUUCAUAGCCCUGUCCUAGGGGUGCGAUGACUGUUCCUUCCCCGUGACACAUGUUUACAGGUUCUCCAGGACUGUCAAGACUGUGAUGUGCAGACAGACCGUUCCAAUCAUGGGAGGCGUGACCCUGAUGAAGUGGGCGAGGUACCUGCCUACCAGUCUCCCUUCCCUGGCUACUGAGUAGAAUGCAUUAGACCAGACUGGGUCCUUCUUGUGGAAAUGGUGUGCUGUUUUUUUUCUUCUUUUUCCCCCCUUCUUUUCUUUUCUCUGUUUCCUACUCUUUCCUCCUUUUUAAAGAAAAAUAUCACUUUUAUUUUAUAAACUUGAAUUUAUAAAGUGCAGGUAAAUUAUUAAUUUUUUU